AUGCAACAACCUGAAAUCCUCAACAUAAAAGAACUUGUUGAACCCAAAAGAUGGCUUCAAGAUAAGACAGGAGAAAAAGUACGAUGGUCCGAUGUGACGGAGUAUACAAAACAAAUUACACGAAUAGCGCAACAAGAUUUUACUGUUGCCGGCGAAAAUAUAAAUUUACACGAACAAUAUCAUUCUCAGUCUGAAACAUCUGAGCUUGACGUGUCAGAUCACGAUAGUGAGAUUAAUGAGAUUGAAAAUUCAGAUGAAGAAUUAUUUGAUGAUAAUUUAUAA